AUGUCGCUCCUGACAGCCGAAGAAGCCGCCCCAGAUUCGAAAAUACAACCCGCCAGGAAGAGAAAAUCUUAUCCAGAUGCAGACGGAACGAAAAAGAGACAGAAGAUUCCACCUCCAUCCCUUCGACGAAGCUCGCGAGUCGGACGAGGACAGCGAAACAUUCGUCGCGACCUCUACUAUGAAGAAAACACCGCUGCCAUCACAAAGUUAAAGGAUAUCUUCCCUUUCCUUCAACUACCCCGAGAGCUUCGAGAUGAAAUUUACCAUUGGAUGUGGGUCGGUACAGUUUUCAAAUAUCGGUAUUCCAAUUUGCUCGCCAACAUAGGGUACAGCCCGGACGCCUACAACCCAGAUGCCUACAAGAGUCGGCGUUUGUCGGUGACCCGCAAAUUUCAUCGCCAAAAGCCUGCGUUACCAAUUUGGCUCCAACUAAGUAGACAAAUUCUGAAGGAGGGCAUGGAACAAUUCUACAGGGUAGCAAAAUUCCAAGCUUACUGGACGAGUUGGCCAGUACUGAAGAAGAUGAAAUUCUCUAAGAUGUUAACCUUGGACAAAGUUCAGAAAAUCGACCUCCCACCGACAACGCUUCUAGCUCUCCAUUGCGAGCGAUUGGGAUUAUACCGUGCUCCUGUGCUGCGAACCUCUCCAACAGUUCAUCGCCCGAUUCAGGACUUGAUCAAGGGGACGAUAUCGUUGAAGGAGAUCACGCUGCGAUUCGGAUUUCAGCCUGUCGUUUGCAGGGACCUCUCUGUCCAUAAAGAAGAACAGAGUCUGUUCGAUUUUGAUAGAGUUCCAACGGGAUUGAGCAGGGUCACUGUAGGCAUCGGCUUUGGCGAGUGGGUCGGGUGCCCGGCAAGCGUUAAUCCGGAUACCAAAAGAAAUCGCAGCAUCCUUCUGCGUGCAACUGGCGAAAAGGAUGCUUCAAUAUACGGUCUUGGAUCGCACGAAGAGAGCACCCUCGAAGUAACACUCUGGGGGAUAUACAGUGGUGGUGCGAAGUCACAGCGCCUGGGAUUCGGUUCUCCAAUACACGUUUUCCACCAAUGCUUCUCUGGGAAUAAUGCAGUUGAAACUGGAGCAAUGAGCAGCUCUGCACCAAUAUCCAAUUUUAUCACUAAUUUAAGUCCUCGUAAUUUGGAUCAGGGAUUUUCCCAUCUCGCAUUAUCCGAUUGUGACAAACCUGUGGGGCGGGUUUCGGCUGGGUCUGACGGUGGAACCGUUCCCUUGAUUUCCGAUCCGAAUCAAGUUCACACUCCCACCGCGCCUGCGAACCAGUCAACUGGUGCGGGCAAAGGGCAAUUACACCUAUGCCGCAUUGAGGGAUUUGAAGCAUUCAGUAGAUACAUGGAAAUGCGUGGGGACGCUACUUUCCUCCAAAGAAAAACAACUGGCUAUACAAAGAUCCUCCUGGGCUCUAAUGCCGGAUUCUACUCCUCGAAAUUUCUCCAAACCCCUGCCAAACCACACUUUCGCCGAUUUUCUGACGAGAUACCAAAUCCUCUGCCCACAUCUGAUAUCACCCCAAGAAGAAGUAAAAACUAUAUUCAUUACACAUGGUUACAUAAAACUCCCUCCCAACCCCCCGUUACAAUUGAAAGUCCAGCAACAGAAAAGCAAAAUACCACCCGGCCAACCCAUAACGCCAGCCAGCAGGCAGAUGACCCAUAG